AUGAUACCUCCUACUCCAUUCCUACCUCGUGACUUGAAACAAGACCAAUCGUUCUUACUAUUCACUCAACCGAUAUUCGACGUAGAUGAGUCGUUAUGGGAUGAAGAGUCGUCUAAAAUGACCAUUCCCGAACUCACUGCACAACCACAAGCUCCUAUUGCCUCUCUGCAAUUACAAGAGGGGAUUCCUUCGAGAAGCACCGCAGGAGAUUCAAGGAAGACUAUCGAUAAGAUAUUUCUGGGUGGGCAGGAGUACGAGAAGGGUCAACAUGUAGAGAAGGUCGAAAAUGGACGACAGAAGUUUGGAUCUAUAAAGGAAAUGGAAGUUGAAUGGAUGGAGAAUGAUUGGAUGGAAGAAGUCUUGAUCACAAGAGGUGUAAAAGAUCCUCGACAUCCAAUUGACUUACAAUCCGAAUCAUCUAGAAGUACCAGUAAAUCUCAUUCCACCAAAAGAGAUUUGACUCCUGAAAAAGGUGAUAGAAAGAGACCGAGAUAUACAUAUUCGCAUCACAAAAAUAUGGGAAACGAUUUAUAUACUCGGAAAAUGAUCGAUAUGGACAGGAAUUCUCCACCUUCUUUACCUAGUUUACCGGUACCUAUCCGUUCCAACUCCUUCAUCUCAAGAAUAUCUUCGAAUGAUUCUUCUUCUUCCAGACGAUCUCCUAUACUUCCAAACACUAAGCUGGAUCGUAAGAAUGAGCAAGAAUACAGAAUCUCAAGAUCGUCUGAGAUACCUAUACUGGAAUAUUCUGAGUUGGGGAGGAGAUGUUUGAAUCGGAAUGGUAGAGAGGAAUUUGGGGAAAGAAAGAAUAUUGAUGAUUGGAGAUACGGUAUCAUGGAAGAUGUUUCUCGAGAGGAUUGCGAUAAUUUGGAUUCGAACUCUGAUUAUUCAGGAAGUUCCGCUUUGGCUAGAUUUAUGGCCAGACGUAAGGGUCCCCUCGAACCUCUCCCUUCACGCCAAACUUCCGAUCCGUCUGCGUCUAAGAUCGUGAAUAUGCCUGAGAGUAUACCGGAGUCUUUGGAAGAAAAGAAAGAAAGUAGACGGACUUCCAUGACGGAUAUCGUCACUGGGUUUAUUUCUUCUCUCUUGGGUAAUAGGAGUGAGACUCGUCCUUCCUCCCCAUCGAUCCCCCUGAUAUCGGAUCUUACCAGUGAUCCGACGCCUUCUCGAUUGACCGAUCCAGGUGUCGAUACGUUCAACAAGCCAUCCUCUUUGGGCGAACAAGUUCAACAAGCGGUCUCUGUGAGCAAACGCGAUGAACAAGAAACCUCGUCAAUUGCGUCAACGGGAACCCGCAAACCGCUGAGUAACCCGAUCCGACCAUCCACCAUUCUACCCGGUUUCAAAGUCCCAUACAUCCCUCCUCUCACUCGACCAUCCGGAGCAGCUCGACCAACAGUAGCUUCCCAGGCCAAGACUUCCUUUUCCGUCUCUUCCACUCAACACAAUUCCAAACCUCCCUCCAGGGUUGGACCGAUAGUCAGAAACAAUCGAAAUCCCCUUCAGUCAGUUCAUACCAACACGAACAAACCCCCAACAUCAUCAGCUUUCACUCAAGCAGCUCUGGCUCGUCUUCCAAAACCUCAAAUGACAAUGACUAAAACAUCAAUCAAAGAGACCGAAAGAGCUUCUCGGUUGGAAGAAAAGAAAAAGAUGUUUGAAAGUCUUUCCAAAACUCUGAACCCUAAUUCGGAGAAAGUGUCAACGCUCAAGAGUGACAGAAGAGAGAUGAAGAAGACAAUACCGGUUAGUGGGAAGACACCGGGGAAAGCAAGUAGGAUAAGAGCGGAGGAAAGGGCGAGAUAUGAUGAGGAGAUGAAGAGAAGAAGGGAGAUGAGGGAGAAGAAAUUAGAAGGGACGGAGAGAUUGAAAGGGGAGAUUGAAAAUGAAGAAUGGAGGAUGAGAAGGAAAGAGACGGUAAUUUGGGCUCGACCUGUGCCGGAAAUGUAUAAGAAAAGUUGA